AUGGAGGUGAUUUUACAGGAGAAGGACGCAGGUAAGUGGGUUUACCGAGGGGAAGGAGCUGCGAAUCUUGUUCUCGCAUACAGCGGAUCAUCUCCUUCGUUUAUUGGGAAAGUGAUGCGCAUUCGUAAGGCUCCGAGAAAUGGUGCUGAGGCCAUGACUAUCAGGAGCCCCUCUGCCUUGACUGCGCAUGAGCGCCUCCUUUGGAAAGACGUUCAUGAACUCAUUUCAUCUCCGGACAGUGAAAUUGCAUGCCAACAAUUUGUCGACCACGUUAUGAAGCCAUUGCUUGGUUCCAAAUUUGUUGAUGCUGGGAUGCUUGUGAGAGUGACAAGGGAAUUUCUUGAAUCCGUUGAAAAGAGUGUUAUCUGUCAACGUCCUGCUUGGAGAGUUGAUAAUGCACUGGUCGACAUGCGUCGUGAUUCUGUGCUUCUCUUGUCUGAUCAUUCAAUCUUCACUCAUGGUAAUCUAGGAUCUAGCCCCUGCAUAUCUGUUGAGAUAAAGCCCAAAUGCGGAUUUCUUCCUCUUUCAAGAUUCAUAUCCGAAGAAACUGCUAUCAAAAAGAGGAUAACUCGCUUUCAAAUGCACCAAGCUCUGAAAUUGCAGCAAGGAGAGAUAUCACUGCUAAGUGAAUACAAUCCUCUUGAUCUAUUCUCUGGAUCACAGCAAAGAACUUUUAAAGCUAUCAAGGAUAUCUUCACUUCACCUCAAAACAAUUUCCGUGUAUUUAUGAAUGGCUCUCUCAUAUUUGGUGGUCUAGGAGGUGGCGCUCAAGAUACAAACUUUUGUAUUGCUAAAGCAUUUGAAGAUGCACUUAAGUCUGUCAUUCGAGCUAACGAUGGUCUGCGGACAGAGAACUUGCUUACUCUUGUUACCGAGGCUGUGCAAAAAUCAGGAGUCCUUGAUCGGCUCCUGGAGGUUCAGAAGCUUGAUAAUGUUGACAUAGAAGGAGCCAUUCAUGCAUAUUAUGAUAUGACUAAUCAACGGUGCAUGAUAUGUAGACAACUGAGUCAAGAACAACUGAAAAGAUAUACAUCUUUACAUUCUGCUUCGUUAGAUGAAAGCUUGAAAAUUGUAAAGGACUAUCUAAUAGCGACAAGUGCAAAAGACUGCAGCUUUAUGAUAUGUUUUAGACAAAGGAAAGAGGGGGAUUCUGGAUCUGUAUGCAGUAACAUAUAUCUUGACUCAACUAAGCAAACCUUUGACUUCAAGGUGUAUUUCAUUGACUUGGAUUUGAAGCGACUGACUAAAAUGGAAGAAUAUUAUGAAUUAGAUAAGAAGAUAGUGAGCUGCUACAAAGAAAUGGCCAAAAUGGACCAAGGAAGAGAUUCACAAACUUGCAAACAUCACAAACUGCGGGCCGUUAAGUUGGCCUGUGUAUAUGCACGCAGUUACCCAUCUUACAAGUACUCAGAAUUUGACAAAGCAAAGUCUAUUUUAGAGACCGUGACUUCAGCUCAGAUCAGAUUUUUUUUCCAUUGGUCAGCUUUGUUUGGCCAUGGUUUGACUGAUGAUCUAUGUUGGAUUCCCAGAAGUGAUCAUGCUUUCAGUUCACUCUUGCAAUGUGAAAAUGAUGUCAAGUCUAGCGUCUGUAGAACUGCUCCGAUUCAGGUGCAGGCAAAAGCAACUUCUAAAAUCACUACUUCCGUUGUCCUCAACUGGUACGAAAUCAUGGUGACCAUGAUUUGCGAAGCCAAUGCCGUGUCGAUCAUCAAGGUCAGAAAAGAUGAUGGAUGGGAGAAAAGAUUCAUGUCGGAGUUGUGA